GCUACCUGCAGCAGACCGUUGUCCAUACCGCGGUAUACACGAGUCCAGAGCUCCUCUUUUCCUCACCCUUUGGUCUUGUUGCCACUCUCCGCCCACGCUGCCACCACCACCACCACCAACCUUUCCUGGUACAACCUCAUCUUGGAUCACCACAGCGAUGAAAGUGCACUUCUUCCUCGUGGCGGCCAUGCUGUGUCUUGUGCAGACAUCGGAAGUACUGGCGCAAGACACCGAGUUUUCCUACAGUACGAACGCUAGUCUGGGGUGGCUGCAGGAGCUCUCCUCCGGCAGCCUGCAGCCUCUCUCUCGCAGGCGACGAGGACUCGCUCUCCCAUUUGGAUCUAACUUUGAGAUUAAAUGGUCGGUUAAUUUUCCCUUCGAGACCUUCACCUUAUACAAAGCCAGGGUGCAAUUUGCAAUUCCCAUCAAGUUUGGGAUUCCACAAGACAUCGCAAUCGCAGACCCCAAUAGGCGGACCCCAGACGUUGAUUACCAAGACCUGGAGUUUGCCGACAGCAGCGCCGCGGGACCCUUCGCUUACUGGUAUCAACCAGUGCACAACAACCAGUCCCCCUACAGCCACCAGCCCCAGUACAGCCACCAGCCCCAGUACAGCCACCAGCCCCAGUACAGCCACCAACCAGAAGAGUGGCACAAAAUAUCAAGACGCGCCGCCCGCCGGGAACGGUUGUAUCUUUACAAUAGCCUCAUGUCAAUCUUCAACAAAGCCGGGGUGGACGGUCGCAGCUGCCUCCUGAGGACCAUUUGUGAGGUGGCCGAGGCGCCCUUCGACCAGGGCAUCGUCGGGGAGAUGAUCAACGACCUCUUGACAGCGUCAUUGGCAGGUCGAGGAGACACUAAAGAGGAGAAAGAGGAGUACGACCACUUUAUUGAGGCAGAGCUGCACGGCAAACUGAACGGCGAUUGUGAGAAGCGCUUCCACCAGUGCCAGAAGUCUCUGUUUGACCUCCUCCCCUUAGCCAUCCAGAACGCCAUAUAGUCCCCGUGUUCUUCAACUUCUUCCAUGUUGUCUGUUGGGAAUAUCGUCUGGUCAGGACGUCAUCUCUGGGAAUAUCUCUCAGUAAACACACUGUCUAGAGGGGUACAUCGUCUGGUAAAGACGCUGGGUAGAGGAGGACUUCGACUGGUAAGGACAUCGUCUACAGAGACAUCAUCUGGCAAAGGCGCUGGGAGGGAGGAAAUCAUCGGGGGAAAACGCCAAGCCAUUACGAUUAUAUAGCACUGGGA